GCAGGAGCUGACUCUCUGCCUGAUUUCCCAGCUCGCUGAGGUUUCUUCCACUGACCACAAUGAACAAGUUCCUGUGCUGCACGCUUGUGCUCUUGGACAUUUCUGUUAAGUGGACCAUCCAGGACGACUCUCCCCCCAAGUACUCCCAUUACGACCCAGGGACAUCUCGCCAACUGCUGUGUGACCAGUGCCCCCCCGGGAGCUAUGUGAAGCAGCACUGCACAGCCACCAGCCCCACGCAGUGUGCCCCGUGUCCGGACCAGUACUACGCCGAAGAGUGGAACAGCAACGAUGAAUGCCAGUACUGCAGCACCGUUUGCAAAGAGCUGCAGUACGUCAAGCAGGAGUGCACCAGCACGCAGAACCGUGUCUGCGAGUGUGUUGAAGGCAGAUACCUGGAGCUGGAGUUUUGUUUAAAGCACACGGAGUGUCCUCCUGGGUUUGGUGUUGCACAGCUAGGUACCCCGGAGAGUGACACUGUGUGUGAGAGAUGUCCAGAAGGAUUUUUCUCAAAUGAAACAUCAUCGAAAGCAGCCUGUCUAAAGCACACGAACUGCAGUGCUCUGGGUUUAAAAACAAUACUAAAGGGAAAUGCAGUGCGUGACAACAUCUGUCAGGAAAAUACAGAUACGACACCUCAAAAAUGUGGAAUAGAUGUAACCCUGUGCGAGGAGGCUUUGUUCAGGUUUGCUGUUCCUACUCAGCUCACACCUAACUGGCUGAACAUCCUAGCAGAGAGUUUGCCUGGAACAAAGGUUAGCACAGAAAACAUCGAAAGGAUUAAACAAAGGCACAGUCCUCAAGAGCAGACCUUCCAGCUUUUGAAAUUAUGGAAGCAGCAAAACAAAGAACAGGAUAUGGUCAAGAAGAUCAUUCAAGAUAUUGAUCUUUGUGAAAACACUGUCUUAAAGCAUAUUGGCCACCCAAACCUCACCUUUGAACAUCUCAACACACUGAUGGCAAGCUUACCAGGCAAGAAAGUGGGAAAAGAAGACAUCGAGCGCACAAUGAAACUAUGUCAGCCUACAGAGCAAGUUCUGAAGCUUCUCAAUCUGUGGAGGGUAAAGAAUGGCGACCAAGACACCAUUAAGGGUUUAAUGUAUGGACUGAAGCACUUGAAAACAUACCACUUUCCAAAACGAACCAUCCAAAGUCUGAAGAAGGUGAUUAAGUUUCUGCACAGAUUUACAAUGUAUAGAUUAUACCAGAAACUCUUUUUGGAAAUGAUAGGGAACCAAGUUAAAUCAGUGAAAGUAAGAUGUGUCUAAUUCAAGAUAUUUUUCAUUCUCCACUGACUAUUAUUCCCUAAUUACUGCCAGCAGUAAUUAAACUGGAACGUUGUUUUUUUUUUCCUACAUUAUGUCUUACUAUUUAUAGAAAUGCCUGACUGGAAUAGCUCUAAGUCUUUUGCAGUGUUGUUGGAGGGGUUUU